AUGCCCCCUCAACCUCCCGCACCUCCCGUCUUCUACUCUUUCCCGUCCAACGACGUCUUAGUCGACUCUUUAGCCAACUUUGUCGUCAAAGCUCAGCGCGAUGCAGUAGAGAAGAGAGGCAAAUUCACCAUUGCCCUGUCAAGAGGAACACUUGCUGCAAACUUGAGGGGACUGGUAGGACAAAAGGACGUACAAUGGGACAAAUGGGAGGUCUUCUUCUGCGAUGAAGCCGCCGUACCCCUCGACUCCGACGACUCAAAUUACCACUCCAACUACCUCUCUUUCCUCUCCACCGUCCCUAUUCCCCCAUCCCAGAUCCACACGAUAGAUCCUUCGCUCCUUGACGAUAUUGAGGAGCUGGCGGACCAAUACGAGAAGCAAUUGAUCCAGCACUUUGCUGCGUCAAAUGCGGCACGAUAUCCCGUGUUCGACCUCAUGUUGCUGGGAAUGGGACCAGAUGGGGAGACGGCGAGUUUGUUCCCGGGUCAUGAGAUUCUCAGUGAAAGGGAUGCGUGGGUCAGCUUUAUGGAGGAUGCGCCGAGAGGGCCCAAGAGGCGGAUAACCAUGACUCUGCCCGUCUUCACACAUUGCUACCGAGCAGUGUUUGUCGUAUCCGGUGCCGAGAAGCAGGAGAUGCUCCACUCUAUUCUCGAUACACCGGAAACAGGACUCCCUUGCUCUCGCGUCAGACCAGCCGCCCCAGGGCUCGUCUUCUUCUUUGCCGACGCCGAAGCUGCCUCUCAAACGACCUACCCAUCAACCAAAUUCCGGUGGAUCGAUAAUCAGAAAGAGGCCGAGGAGGCGUUCGCUGCAGCCCAGGCCAAGGCGGCAAGACGUGCCGCUCAGGAAGCAAGCGAUGACUAG